UCGGAACCGGGACACGCAGACACAGAGAGAGGUGCGCGCGCGGUGCGGGGAUGCACGAGCUUCACCUGCAGUACGGACAUUACAAAUAAGUCCAGCAGAAUUAUUAUUAUCAUUAUUCACUAACAGAAAUGACCUGUGUUCAAAGCCAACAUGGAGUCCAGCCUUAUGAGAGCAUGGUCUUCAGCUCAGAGUUUAUGAACCCUGACUUCACCUCCAGGUUGGCCAUGGACAUGAGCGAGCAGGGGGAGCAGCUCUCCACAUCCUCUCUGCCGAGCAUCACCUCCCUGGUGGGAGGCUACGGGGGAGAAUUUGAUACCUACUCCUGUCAGCUUGCAACCGCUGCUGCCUCAACCUGCGCCAGUGCCACCUCGGGCCAGGACUCCUUCAAGCUGGAGGAUCUCCAAGUCUAUGGGUGCUACCCCGGCACAUUCACCUUGAGCUACAUGGACGAUGCACUGUCUACGUCAGGUGGCUCGAACUGUUUUGGUAGCCCAGUCUCGGCUCCUUCUCCCUCAACCCCGGGUUUCCAGUCAGUGCCUUCCUGGGAUGGAGCGUAUGGGUCCUGCUCCCCUGAUGCAGGCUGCUGGGGUUCAGAGAAGACGCCUCUUCCUCAGGCCUCUUCCUUUUUCACUUUUGGACCUCUUUCAGGAGAGGACAUGUCUCCACUGGGACAGCUGCAGCAACAUCAGCUUCCUGAUCAGGAUCCCUUUUCUCGGGGCCAUCAGAACAGCUUCAGUCCACACAGGCUGGAUCACAGCAGCAGGGAUGGUUCGGUCCUAGUGGACAAUCAGCUGUCUCCCAAAAUCAAGAGUCCAACAGGAAAUGAAGGGUGCUGUGCGGUGUGUGGGGACAACGCCUCUUGCCAGCACUAUGGAGUGCGCACCUGUGAGGGCUGCAAGGGUUUCUUUAAGCGUACAGUACAGAAAAAUGCCAAGUACGUCUGCCUCGCUAAUAAAGACUGCCCAGUGGACAAACGGCGGCGAAACAGGUGCCAGUUCUGUCGCUUUCAGAAGUGCCUUGCAGUCGGAAUGGUGAAAGAAGUUGUAAGAACAGACAGCCUCAAGGGCAGAAGGGGUCGUUUGCCUUCCAAGCCCAAACCAGUCACAGAAUCGGCGUCUGCUUUGUCUUCUGGAAACAUCAUCACCUCUCUUGUGAAUGCCCACAUGGACUCAAACCCCGCCAUCACAAAACUGGACUACUCAAAGUAUCAGCAAACAGUUGCAAGUGUGUCUGAAAAGGAGGACGCCAAGGACAUUCAGCAGUUUUACGACCUGCUCACCGAGUCCAUGAGUGUGAUCAGAAAGUGGGCCGAAAGCAUCCCAGGAUUCACCGCUUUCUCUAUAGAGGACCAGGACUUGCUGUUCGAAUCAGCCUUCAUCGAGCUCUUCAUAUUACGACUAGCUUACAGAUCACACCCAGAGACGGAUAAACUGAUCUUCUGCAACGGGGUGGUUCUUCACCGCAUGCAGUGUGUGCGGGGAUUUGGCGAGUGGAUCGACUCCAUUAUUGAGUUCUCGCAGAGUUUGCAUCGCCUGAACCUGGACGUGGCGUCGUUCUGCUGUCUCGCCACGCUAGUCAUUAUAACAGAUCGGCACGGCCUCAAGGAGCCCAAACGGGUGGAGGAUUUCCAGAACCAUCUGAUAACUUGUCUCAAAGACCACGUUGCCACGAGUGUCUCAGAAACAGCACGUCCCAACUACCUGUCACGGCUGCUGGGGAAACUGCCCGAGCUCAGGACGCUGUGCACUCAAGGCUUUCAGCGCAUCUUCUAUCUUAAACUAGAGGAUCUCGUCCCACCUCCUCCGAUUGUGGAGAAGAUCUUCAUGGACACGUUUCCUUUCUGAAUGUGACUGCGGUGCUAUUUAAAGACUUGGACAAAAGCACAGCGGAGCAGAGGAGAGAUUCGGAAGCACUUGUCUAACCCUGGCAGCUCUGUAUUCUUUUAGGCAUGUGACUAUGAUCUUCUCAGUGGGAGUGCAAAAUCAGAAAGACGUUCAGUGAACGUUGUAGGAAAUUUUGCAGCAAAAAAGAAAGAAAGAAAGCCUCACCAAGUCCCCAUAUGUUUCCUCAACCUCAUCAUUUGUUUCAGAACUUUGGAAUCAUGGCUUUAUUGUGAACUUCAACUUUAUUGUGAUUGUGUGCAACUUGACAGUUGAACAUCAUACACGGUGUGUGUGUGUGUGUGUGUGUGUGUGUGUGUGUGUGUGUGUGUGUGUGUGUGUGAUAGAGAGAGAGAGAGUGUGUGAAGAAUCAAAACCUCUCACUUUAACAGUAUUAGAGCUUUAUAAUUUCAGGACAUACAUAAUAUGAUGAUAAUGAUGAUGUCAAUAACAUCCAGAGACCUCAAUGGUGCUUUAAUAACACACACACACACACACACACACACACACACACACACACACACACACACACACACACACCUGUGGUUUAUUAAAAUAAAGGCCAUGGACCAAAACUGAUAUCGUUUACCAGGUUGCACAGAAUGACUAAAUAAAGCCUUAUACAGUAUAUUUACAGGGUGUCCCAAAAAAAUGUACUCACUCAGGAUCGUCUUCGUUUAGAGUGUGGAUUAAUGUUGGAAUGUCACAUUUCCAAUGAACUCGCUUCAAAAUGCGAUGAGUGCUUGAUUUUGGGAUUCCUGUCUCACGAGCCAUUUGUCGUACAGAUUUCUGUGGGGAUCAGUUGAAGGUUUCCAGCAAUUGAGUUUCCUUUGCAGGGCUGGUUGAUGACUGUGGUCUUCCUGAACACACUUUAUGGACGUCAUGCACAGUUCCAUCUGAUUCAAACUUAUCUCGGAUGUGAGCAGUGGUGCGUCGCAUUGGUGGAUCUUUGUGAAAAUGUCUUCUAAAUUGUCUUUGCACUUCCAUGAUGUUUUCGUGCUUCCAGUAGCACUUUAUGAUACAUUUUCUGUCUUCAAAACUUAGUUGUACUUCUGCCAUUAUUAGGGUUAAUUUGAUCUGAAAAGAAAUGAAAAAUCCAUUGAGUUAUGAGGAGUCAAAAUGUGAGUACAUUUUUUGGGACACCCUGUAUUAACAUCUGAGACUUAAGUUCAAUAGAUGCACAGAAUGAAUGUGAAUGCAGUUGAAAAAUCAUAUAAACUGCUCUUCGAAUCGGAUUUAAAUGCCAUGUGCUGUUCAGAAAACACAAGACACGCCACGCCUUCAAGACAUAUCUUCAUUAGAUGUACAACUGAAGUUUACACUUUACUUGGAUUAAAAUUUUUUUGCCAUUCAGAUUCACAUCUCUAAGUGACAAUAAUGAUGAUACAUUUCCAUCGAAACAUUUCUGAAGAUGUCAAGUGAUUUAUUGGCUUUUUUUUUUUGCAAGCCCUGUAACUCUGAGUAUUAUCACAGAAUGAAGAAUUUGUUUUGUGUGACUGCCAAACUUUAGCAUAUACAUAUUUGUAUGUACUGUCUGUAUAGAGAUGGCUUGAUAUGCUAUAUAUUUUGUCUUUAUACUGGCAUAGUGAAAAUGUCUGGGCAUUAU